AUGUCGACAAUAAAUUCAGAAUCAAUAACAACAUCAACUCGAACACCAGUUGUAAUCAUUAAGCCUAUUCUUUAUGGUAAUACAGCAAAACAUCUAGGUACGAAACGAGAUACUGAUGGACAUACACAUAAAUGGUCAGUCUAUGUUCGAUCAUAUAAUAAUGAUGAUAUAUCAACUUAUGUAAGUAAAGUACAAUUUCGUUUACAUGAAACAUAUCCAAAUCAUUCAAGAGUGAUUUCACAAGCACCAUUUGAAGUUGAAGAAAGUGGUUGGGGUGAAUUUGAAACACAAAUUACUAUUUAUUUUGCUGAUCCAAAUGAGAAACCAGUCAUAUUUUAUCAUCAUUUAAAAUUAUUUUCAACAGAUCCAGAUGUAGUAGCCGGUACAAAAGCAUUAGUCAAUGAAAAUUAUGAUGAAUUGAUUUUUCAAGAACCAUCUGAUUUAUUAGUUCGUCUUCUCAAUUGUGCUAAAUCACUUGCACCACCAACAGAUGAGAAUUUAGCAACUGAAAAAGAAUAUGCUGUAAAAAAAGCUGAUACAAUAGCACGUAUAAAAACUGCUCGUCAACGCGUACGAAGUGAAAUUCAAGAUUUAACUGAACGUCUUCGUAUUACUCAAGAAAAUAUAAAACGUAUUCGACAACGUUCAGCAGAUCAUGGCUCUUCUACGAAUUUAUUGAAUACAUCUACACAUGAAAAUAUUAAACGUGAAAUAGUUGAUUGA